CGUACACAAGAACUACUUGUAUAUUAUUUUUAGGCAAGAUUGCUUGCAGCAGGCGAUUUAGGACAACUGCAGCAGUGAGCAUAGCUAUAGUGUCCAUUCUUGCCAGAGCGCAUAUUGGAAUAACUGUCGCUAUGGAGUUCCAUUAAAAUGGAUGCCUAUAGAAGCCUGGCGCGCACAAAGUGAAACUACGAAGCUGGCACCGGCCCGUGGCGCCGUGCGCUCGCCCAGAUCGAGCCGCAGAAAAAACACUAUAGACGUCCACGCUGUAGCUCGCCAUGCCCGGACUGGCGCUUAUAGCAAUCCUGGGCGCUGUGGCAGUGGCAUCGGCCGCGGUCGUCUCCCACGAAUCCCCGACCGUCGCCGUGUCGGCCAGCCGCCAAGCGUCUCAAACCGUGCACGCUCAUCGGAGCAGCGAGGCGAAGCGCGCUCGCUAUACUAGUGCCAGCGGUGCGAGUAGCGGCCUGGACGAGCGCUGGGUGCGGUCGGUAGCCGCGCGGCGGAGGGCUCUGCUGGCGGACGCUGCCGCCGCGCCCUCGGCGGACGCCGACACAGCCAGCAACCCCCUGCCCACGCCCACCCACCCCGACGUCGGGCUGGACUCCAUUUUCGUGCCCCGCAACCUCAGCUGCGACCCCAAAUGCACGGAGCGCGGCAACUGUAAUGCGGAGGAGGGCACCUGCGAGUGCCCCUUCGGCUACACGGGCCCGACGUGCGACCUGCCGCUCAUGCCCGCCUGCCAGGUGGGUCCGGGCCUGGAGCCCUUCUUCGGCAUGAUGAUCCCGCGCUCCUGCGAGUGCGCCAGGCAGGCGUCGCGCUUCUUCGGCUGCAGCGAGGACGACAACACGUGCCGCCUGUACUCCAUGAACUACCACGACAUCCGCUGCUACGAGUUCCGCGACAAGCCCGCGGGCGAGCAGUGGAGCGCCAUGCCGCUGGAGGAGGCGGCGGGGGUGGACUGGCUCACAGGCAGUGUGCAGCGCGCGCCGCCCAGCCUGAGGCCCGGCAGUGCGGCGGACGGCGUGAACGACAAGGGUGUGGUCAACCGGAACGUGGGCCGCCAGACGCCGCACUGCCUGUGCUACAAGGGCUACCUGGGCCACACCUGCGGCGACCCCAUGAACUCGCUCUGCCCCAACGAGUGCCGCGGCCGGGGCGCCUGCCUGCGCGGCUUCUGCCACUGCAGGCCGCCGUACUGGGGUGCGGACUGCAGCCGCAGCCGCGCCUGGGCCCCCGCGCCCGCCGCCUCGCCCGUGCCCAACCGGGUGCGCCUGCGCAUCUACGUGUACGACCUCCCCGCGCUGGCGGCGCACCUCAAGACACUGCUGGCCGGGCCGGACCGCGACCAGCACAAGGACAUCCAGUUCAUUGAGGGCUACACGCCCGACUACGAGUCGCUGUACGCGCGCAGCCGCUUCUGCCUGGCGCCACACGGGGCGGGGUUCGGCGUGCGCCUCACGCUGGCCAUGACGCACGCCUGCAUACCCAUCAUCAUACAGGACUCGGUGUACCAGCCCUACGAGUCUGACGGGCUGCUUCCCUACGCCCAGUUCAGCCUGCGCCUGGGGCUGGCCGACAUACCGCACCUGGUGCCGCUGCUGAGGGCCGUGCCGCCCGAGCUGCAGGCGCGCAUGAGGCUGGCCAUGGCACAGUACCACAAGGCCUUCCUGUGGGAGCCGCGCCUGGGCGGCCGCGCCUACCACUACACCGUGGCGGCACUGGAGCAGCGGCUGGGCGGGCUGUGGGGGCGGCUGUGGGGCGGCGGCAGCAGCGCGGGCGUGGCCAGCAGGCGGCGGGCGCUGGGGGAGGAGGGCUGGGAGGAGGGAGAGGAGGAGGGCUGGGGGGAGGAGGAGGGCUGGGAGGAGGGCUGGGGGGAGGGGGAGGAGGAAGGGGCUCUUGGGGAAGGGGGGCUAGUGGGUGGUGCGGGCGAUGAGGCGGGCAGGCAGGAGGGGUUAGGCAUGGCUUCCGGAGCGGGGCCGGGGACGGCGGCAGCAGCAGUGGAGCUGCCGUCUUGGACUGAAGAGGUAGAGGUACUGGAGCGGGGGGAUAGCAAUAGCAAUAAUGGCAGCAGCAGCGGCAGCAGUAGCAGGCGGAGCAGGAGGCGGCUUGGGAGCAGGCGGGCCGGGCGGCACUUGUAGGGCUGGGUGGGGGCAGAAGCACGGGCAGGGAGUACGAGGAUUUGGUGAUUGUGCAGACGACCUCCCGGGCAGUUCCAAGUCCCGCCCGCCCGCGCACACACACACAGCCGCGGGCUACUGGCUUGCUGCUUGGUGGCUGGUGGCGAUGGGGCACUGAUGGUAGAGGUGGUGGUGAUGGUGGUGACUGGCAGCGAUGUUGUGUGCGACAUUCAUUCCAUGGUUGGGGCCUGUCUGAGGCUUGGUCGCCUGGUUGGCACCUGCCGGCCCCGGUGCCUGUGUGUGCCAUGUGUGUCUGGCAGGGGCUCGGGAGCAGGUGAGAGGCAGGGUGAUGGGCUGCUCGGCAGGCAGGGGUUGGGCGGCAGGGGGUGGGGCGCAAGGGGCCGCACAGAGUGCGGACUCCGGACUGGGGAGCGUAGGAGACUGGUGUGGGGGCGCGUACGGGCACGGCGGCGCACGCACCUGCUCACGACACCGUACUCGGGUGUGUCCCUGCGAGAUAUCUCAGAGGUAGGGUUGAACGAGUUGGAGUCUGAUCGGGAGUGGAUGGCCGGAAUGCAACUCUGGUGGAUGGAUAGGGCGAUGCUCGGUUGGCGGAAGAUGCUGGCACACUAGCCAGUUUACAUGAAGACACAGGGCACACAUGUUGAUGCAUCAGUGCGGUGUUGCAAAUGACGCAUUGUUGCCUGGACAGGUGUGGGGUUUGCCGCCUCACGGCGGGGCGGCGAGGCUACGGAGGGGGAAGGACCGUGUGGUUGGAGCCGAGGUCGGAGCCCACAGGUGCGCCUACUUGGACGGGCGACAUAACAUCGGCACAGUCAGCGUCCAGCUUAUAGCGAACAAACAGAAUAUGUGCCGAACGAGCGCACCUGAGCAUGUACGACGUACGACGAG